GUAUCUUCAAAGAUAUUGACUUUUUUUUUGACUAGUUACCGGCGUUUUUAUUAUUUAUCAGUUCCAUCAUCAUGUACAUAGAUUUUUCACAAUGGUUUGGUGAUAUGCUUCCAUCAGAAUUAUGUCCACUUGUUUUAUUUGUGACGAUGAUGGGGAUUCUCUUUUGUCCAUUUAAUCUGAUGUAUUUCUCGGCAAGAAAAUGGCUUGGGGUGGCUCUAGGACGGAUCCUUCUUAGUUACUGUUUCCCUGUGGAAUUUCGAGACUUCUUUAUUGCCGAUGAACUCAAUAGUCUGUCGUACUCCUUUUGGACUUGUUCCUACUUCUUUUGUGCUUAUGGUUGGCAUUGGAUUGGUAUCCCUGAUCAUUGUCCCAUGUCUACUUCUUGGUUAACUCCACUCUUGGCCUCCUUACCACCUUGGUGGCGUUUACUUCAAUGUUUUCGUAGGUACAAGGAUUCGAAUGAAAAAGUCCAUUUAAUCAAUGGCGCUAAAUAUAUGAGUAGUAUAUUAGCAACUUUGAUGAGUGGUUUGCGUCGUAUUCAUGGUAAUCAAUGGACUCUGUGUUUAUGGAUCAUUAUUUCUCUCAUCAAUUCUUGUUAUACUUCUACUUGGGACAUUAAAAUGGAUUGGGGAUUAAUGCAAUCAAAUAGUCAAUACUGGCUUUUAAGAGAUGAACUUGUCUUUCAUCGAUGGGCUUAUUACAUGGCGAUGCCUAUCAAUAUUGCCCUUCGAUUCUCUUGGACACUUACCUUUUUCCAUUUCCAUAUUCAUGGUGAUAUCUUGGGCUUUCUUAUUGCAUUAUUAGAAGGGAUACGAAGAAUUCAAUGGAAUAUUUUUCGACUUGAAAAUGAGCAUUUAAAUAAUUGUGGACAAUAUCGUGCCAUUAAAGAAAUCCCAUUACCUUUUGCUAUGAUGGAAGAUCAUGAUCAUAUCAAGUUUCAUCAACCAAAUGUAUUUGAUCAAGAUAUUAUUGAACAUGGACAAAACUAUUCACCACCAUCACCAACAGACCAAUUCCAUGAUAUUCAACCACCUCCAUCACCUAUUCCUGUGAAUACAUCAAGAGCAUCAUCCAUGCGACAUUCUUAUCAAGGAGGUUCCUUUUAUGGCAAACGAGAUUUCGAAAAUAAGCAUGAUAGAGAAGAAAAUGAUUUCCUCUCCACACCAAAUUCCCAUCAAAGUCGUCAUAUUUCGGCUCAAUCCUCGCCUUUGGAUCAAGUGUUGACGCGUAUCCGUAGUUUGACUACUUCCCAUAAUAGUGAUGUUAGUGAUACCGAACAUGAGGAUGAUCUAGAUAGUGAUGAUGAUGAUGAUGGUGAUGAUGAUGAUGAUUUAUGAAGAAAAAAAAUAUAUAUAUUUCUGCUUAUAUUUUAUUUAUAUAGAUAUCCUUUUUUUUU